AUGUUGAACAUUUGCAAGCUUGUAACCCAACAAGAUGUUUGGUCUAAAGUAAAGAAUAUCAGUCAGAAACAUCACAAAAAAAAGGUGGUAAUCAUCAUGGGAGCAACUGGAACUGGCAAGUCAAAAUUAUCUGUUCAUCUAGCUAGUCGUUAUAAGGCAGAACUCAUAAACUCAGACAAAAUGCAAGUUUAUAAAGGACUCGACAUUGUCACCAACAAACUCACCAUGGAAGAGCAAUGUGGUAUACCACACCAUUUGCUGGGGAUACUCGAUCCCUAUGCUGAUUUUAUAGUAGACCAUUUUCGUGACAUGGUCGUACGUGCCAUUGAGUCAAUUGUGAGUCGCGGCCACCUUCCAAUCAUUGUUGGAGGGUCUAAUACCUAUAUCGAGGCCCUAAUUGAUGAUGAAGAUAGCAAGUUUAGAUCAAAGUAUGAUUGUUGCUUCCUUUGGGUGGAUGUACCCGUGUUAGUGCUCGACCCAUUUUUAUCAAAGCGGGUUGAUCAAAUGAUUGAAAAUGGCAUGGUAGAUGAGUUGAGAAAAAUGUUCGAUCCUAAUGUGGAUUAUUCACAAGGGAUUUUUAGGUCAAUUGGGGUUCCUAAAUUUGACCAAUAUUUUAGAAAUGAAUCUUCUUUAGACAAAGAAACCAAUGCGAUGUUAAUCCAAAAGGCAAUAAGUGAAAUGAAGGAAAAUAUAUUACUUGCACUUUUAAUAACAUACAAAUUAGCAUGUCGUCAAGUGGAGAAAAUCUAUAGGCUCAGAGAUAUAAAGGGAUGGAGUAUUCAUUGCCUUGAUGCUACACAAGUGUUUAAGAAAAAAGGCAAAGAAUCUGAUGAGUCUUGGAAUGAGCUCGUGGCUGGACCAAGUGUGGCAAUUGUUGGUCAGUCUCUUAGCAAAACCUAUUAG